UUGACAUCGUUGUAGAAGGAACAUCGGACGGGGUCGUGAACUGUGCAGUGUUUUCGUCCGUGAAACUUUUCAAAAUCAGUGCUCCCAACUCAACUUGUUGUUAACAGUAAGAUAAAUGCAAACGUCCAGACUACCGGAAACUGCCUAGAAUUAAUUCGCCGAAAGAUCGCUUCGAGUUUUAACGAGCCUUGCACUCAGAGAAGAUGUCCUCAGGUCGCCCAAUCAAAUGUGUUGUUGUCGGAGAUGGAACAGUUGGUAAAACAUGUAUGUUGAUCUCAUAUACGACGGACAGUUUCCCAGGAGAAUAUGUUCCAACUGUUUUCGAUAACUAUUCAGCGCCAAUGGCAGUUGAUGGUAUACAAGUGUCGUUAGGACUAUGGGACACAGCCGGACAGGAAGAUUAUGAUCGAUUACGACCACUAUCGUAUCCACAAACUGAUGUGUUCUUAAUAUGCUUUAGUGUUGCAAGUCCGUCUUCCUUUGAAAAUGUCACAUCGAAAUGGUAUCCAGAGAUUAAACACCACUGCCCAGAUGCCCCGAUUAUCUUAGUGGGUACAAAAAUAGAUUUACGCGACGACAGAGAAACUUUGAGUGCUCUUGCUGAACAAGGAUUAUCGCCGCUAAAACGGGAACAAGGUCAAAAGCUGGCCAAUAAAAUUAGAGCAGUGAAGUACAUGGAAUGUUCGGCGUUAACACAACGUGGCUUGAAACAGGUUUUCGACGAGGCUGUUAGAGCUGUACUAAGGCCUGAACCGCAGAAACGUCGCCAAAGGAAAUGCGUAGUAAUGUAAAUAGCUAUUAAGGUUUUUACCCAGGAUAAUUUUAUUUUCUCAUUUAUUUUAUUGUUUUAUUUGUAAUAAUGUAAAAAGGAUAGUGAUGGAACUAAAUGCAAAUUACUUAAAAUUAUUGAUGCAUAAAUGACGAAUCUCCUUAAAAUAUUUAAUUUAGGCCUAUUAUAAUACUCAAAGUGUUUUAAAUUUAGCAAAGAUAAAAACGAAUAGCAAGAUAAAUAACUGACAAAGAUGACAAAUUAGAAUUUUCAAAUUUUAUACUAAACUCAGAGAAAAGAAGGGUAGUACCAUAGAAGUCAAUAAGCCAUACAUAGUUUUUAGGACUUCGUUUUGCAGACGGCUUGAUACACCAUAUAUGGAAAAGAUUGAAUUUGUUUUUGUCUAGUUUUCACCCUAAGAUAUACACCACUUCCCCUUAUGGAAUUUUUGGCAGCAAACCAUCCCCGAGUCCUCACAACGAAUGAAUUAUUUUAGUGACUAGCGGCAUUGUGAGGAAGGCAUCAAUAAGUGCUUUUUCUGUUGUGAGUAAAUCUUAGCUUUGAAGUUUAAAAUAAUUCUCUGACAGAAAUCAAGUGGACUAUAUCGGGCUAUUUAUGUCUUUAGUAAUGUGGCGAGCGCUGGAAGGAAUAUAAAGAGUAAGAGCAAUUACUUACUGGGAACUAAAGCGAUUUAUGUGAGAAUUACCAAAAAAAUGUAAAGACUGAGUUGUGCAGCCGUUUCAUCUCCCCAAGUAAAAUCAAUGCUUUCUAUAUUCCUAGAUUCUUAGGUUUGUAGUGUCCGCCUUAUGAUUGUUAUUCUUGAUGUUAACAUUUUUUAGAAAGACAAAUAGUUGCGAUACGAUAAGUAAACUUAGUUCUCAUCAAAUCGGUAGCUUCAAUCAAAUAAGACUGCUACUAUUACUACCAACAUUUCUACUAUACUGUGAACUCAGAAUUCGGUUUUGAUUUUACUUCUGAAAAGACUAAACUCUGAAAAGUAUUUUUUUUUAUGGAAAGUUUAAAUUUUUUGUACUAAUAUAAGUGAAAUCACAGAAUCUCAUGUACCAGUUGAUAUACUUUGACAUUGUCUUGUAAUCAUAAAUUUGAGUUGAGUUUUUGCAGUUUUUCGUUGUGAUCUUAAGUUAAUAUUAUUUUAAACGUGAACAUUAUUGAAUUGAGCAUCUGAUGUAGUAAUUUAUACAUGACACCAAAGGAUGUAAUGAACUAUUUUGCUAAAAGCUUAUGUUUUAGAGGUUUCUUGAGAGGUCAUCUUAUCUAGUCAAUUGUACAGGAGUGGAUCUGUUAUGCGACUUCAUGUUUCAUCCCAAUGUUUCCUUGAAUCUAUGAACCACACCUUCACUUUGGGUGCCAGCUAUACUCCCGUUUCACCCAAAGUCUGAGUAUCCUAAUUUUGUUGUUGGCGGCAGGUUGACAACCUUCUUUGGUAGUCACUGACUGUUUUCUCUUCACCAAAUUCUCCCUAUAAUUUAACAUCUAUAAAGAAUUUUUUUUUUUUUUAUUCUUGAUGAAUAUGCAUAAUUCCCUAGCAAUAGGAUUUUAAUGCAUUUCCUCAAGAAUGUUUAAAGAAUAUAUCGACAUGAAUUCCAAAUUGAGUGCCAUCAGUCGUGACACCGCCAUCGUUUUAUACUCCCCUUCUCGCCAUCAGCUUAAUCUUUUAGAUCUGCUCCACUACACAAAUCAAUUGGAGUUAUAUUCUCUCACCUUCGCAUCUAUUGAAGCAAAAUUUUAGUUCUGCCUAUUAUAAUCAGUAUAUUAGAAGUAUCUCAUUUAAUCAAAAGCACAAAUCAUCACAAAGCUCAUGAAUGAAUAGGUCUAAGUUUUUUAUUUAUGCUUUAUGAAGUAAAGUGAGUGGCAGGGAACCGAUAUGGAAACUGAAGUCCUACAUUGCAGAGGGCUUCGAAUUAUGCGCAAAUUCACAAUACUCAGUGGAAACAUGUUGUCAAUUUGAUCAAGUUGCUUCGAAUAUAUAAAGCGCAAAUAAAAGACUUAAACAUCAGAAUAUUUCCGAAAACUUUAUUGCGAAUCUCUUUUAAUUAGUAUCGUCUUACAAUUGAAUCUAUUUUUGUACAAAAAGAAAUCAAUCUCAACAAGUUCAUACGAAGCACACUAAAAUCCUGUAAAUGAGAAAUAUAUCGAACAAAUUUGACAAUGAUGAGGAAUAGAAAUUCUUAUUAUAUACAUGAUAUAAUGCUGAAUGCAAACAAUACUGUAUGUAAUCUAAUCAUAUUGUUGUUUUUGUAAGGAUUUUUAAAACAUAUGAGUGUGAAAUAAAAAAAAAUCAUACACAUCACAAA